AACUUGUAAACAAUAGAAAAUAAGUAAACUGAGCAUCCAUAUUUUGGAUCUUCUUCCUUCAGAUUUUCCUUUCUCUUCUCAUCCAUCAUCUUUUUAUCUUCUACUUCUCAUCAUCUUUUCCUCUUCCACUCACUCACUCACUUUUCUUCUCUUAUUUUUCUCUAUUAUUUUUCUUUUGUUUAAUUGAGUCAAUUUUUCUUUUCUAAAUCAUGUCUUUCGGUCAAUUUAUCGAAAUUAAGCCACAACUUCUCAAGAGAAUCGAAAGUGCUUUAAAUGCAUCAGCUUAUAGAGAUGCUAUUGAGAAUUCAUCUAAAUAUAAUAAUCAAUUGGUGAAGGAGAGGAAAACUCGGUUACCAUUUAUUGAUCAUCAAACGAGGGUCGCCCAAAGAAAUUGUUUCCUAUGGAUGCACCGAUGGGAACGGAUGCCAGGCCUAAAUCAUGGGGUUGUUUAUUCUUAUCCUUCUCGUGAAUGGCACAGGAAACGACGGAGUUACCUAAUUAAUCCAAGUGAAAGUGGUAAAAGCAGCAAGGAAAGUGAAGCGAGUUCAAGUAAAGAUUCAAACAUAGUGAAUAUUGAUAAAAUUGUGAAAAAUGAAGUCAACGAAUCGUCUUUGGAUAAAUAUGAUCUUUCCAAGGAUAAUUGGUUACAUGAUUUCGGUGAUGAGACAAGUCCCCCGGAUGCUGGUGAAAUUGAUGAAGUAAACAGUUCAGAUUCAUCGGGUGAAUAUACACCAAGAAAGCGGAGGAAAAAACGAGAACCAACCAAACCCAAACGCAAAAAUCAAACAACCUCUCACCAUUCACAACAUCAUCCUUCUCAUUCCAAUUCCAGUCAAAGCCAAUCACAACAUUCCGUCCCAACAACAAGCUCGGCAUCGACCUCACAACCGCCGUCAUCGCGAAACACAACGACCACAGAGACCAAUGAGGAUAACAUCAGCACCAUCAGCACCACCACCGCCGCUGCCACCACCACCAAACCAACAAGUAACAGAGAGAAAGACAAAGAGAAAGAUAAAGACAAAGCAUCGCCAAGCAAAUAUUGUGACUUUUGCUUAGGAGAUUCAGAUGAGAAUAAGAAAACCUCUUCAGCGGAAAAAAUGAUCUCCUGUUCCGAUUGUGGUCGAUCAGCUCAUCCAACAUGCCUCCAAUUUACCUCGAGAAUGGUUUUAUCAAUUAAAAAGUAUCGAUGGCAAUGUAUUGAGUGUAAAUCUUGUGCAGUUUGUGGUACCUCGGACAAUGAUGAACAACUACUUUUUUGUGACGAUUGUGACCGUGGUUAUCAUAUGUACUGUCUUGAUCCACCAAUUAAUGAGCCACCGGAGGGAUCUUGGAGCUGUAAACUUUGUAUCGCUGCAUAUCAUGGAAAACCCAAAUAAUCAAUUUAAUUACAAUUUACCAUCACAUCCUUUGGACAUUGGUGCAUUAAAACAUCAUCAUAAUGCUUAUAUAAUUUUCACCAUUUUCAUUCAAGUCAAAAACCAAAACGUAUCAUACUAAUCAGCAAUUACCGAAAAGUGCACAUACAUUAAUCAUCAACACAAAAUCUUCAUAACAAUUCAUUUUUUUUUGAAAAUCAUCUAUAAAUUAAUCACUUAAAACCCCCUUUACCUCAUCAAUAUGUUAAAUGUUUUUGAUCAAUCACAAAAUAUUAUGUUCACUUUAAACCAAAAUCGAAACCUAAUGUUGAUUAGUUUUAAACUAAUUACUAACCAUUAGAUUUAGCAAAGCAAUUUUAAAAUCUAUAUAUUGAUUAAUCUAAUAUGUCGCUUAAUUGUAACAAAAAAUUGAUCAAACCGCUAUUCUUAAUUACAAUUCAUCACUAAUUGGAUCCCACCCGAAUCAUGUUAAUGAAAAAAAGAGAGACCUGCAUUAUAAUUAAUCGUUUAAUGUAAUCAAAACAUCAGUCAAAUUAAAUUUACAAUUGUAAAUCAUCAUGAA